UUCGCCCCUGGAAGCGGUCUACUGGUAUAACAUGUGUCCCCGAUCCGGACAAGCGGAAGAGUCUGUGCCGCACGGAGCAGUGUUCAAGUAUGAAUGGAAGCAUCCCAGUAGGACGCCGGAGUUCUGCGAGGAAGAGAAGGGACCCGCCGGCGUGAAAGUAGGGGGGGGAAGUUUGGGUCAAGCCGCCGAAGGCACGCUGCACAUCACAAUAGGGCAGGGGAACAGUGACAGCGGUCAAUUCCAGAAACAAUGUACCCGUGGAUCUGCGAAGGAUAACCACUUCGUCGGAUGAAGAGCCCGAUGGAAACGUGGCACCUGGCUUGAGAAGAUUUCGACGCGUAAGACGCCCGCCCGGUUGGAUGGCGGACUUCGAAUUGGAGUAGGGGUGAACGAGAUCUUUAAGAUCAGGGUGGCGUGUGGUAUGACGUCAGUGACUCGGGAGGCUGACCGGAAGAGGAAAAAGGGCAGAGGGAGCCUCGAUUGGGAUUCGUGCCCUCUUUCGAACGGGGUCGUGGUCAGGAGAGAACGUGAUAAUAGACGGUCUAGGUUUGGAAGAAGCAGCAAGCUUCGAUGAUCGGACACCGCAAGGCCGACUCGCAGUCGACGAAAGGAAAACCGAGAAUAUGGGAUGUUAGUGUGCUAAAGGCGUUUUUACAUCAGAUACAUCAUGAAUAUUGAUCAUCAUUUGAAGACUAAUAGAAGAUAUUAUAAAUAAUAGAUAUAACCCUGUUUCGAUAACAUAUCUAUGGUAAAUAACUGAAAUAUUUCUUCCGAAUUAAUAGCAACAUAUAUUUUCCUCGUUGCCAGGAAUAUACACUUGGAAAAAUCUGCAAAGGUGUUUGUAUUACCUUCAGAUAUUCGCGAAGAUCAGAGUUGCUGUGGUUAUAGCUGUAGAAGUAUUUGAAUCAGCAAAUAAAUAUAUAAAGAAGAAAGAAAAAAAUACAUUUUGUGCUUGUAUACUGGAGAACAAUUAUGAAUCCUCAAGAGAUGAUAAGAGAAAAAGAAGCAUUAUCAUACGAAUGUGAUAUCUGUAAAAAGUCUUUAUCUAGUAAAAGAAAUCUCACUCUUCACAAACGUAUUCAUGCUGGUGGAAAGCAAUACCACUGUGAUAUCUGUGGAAAGUCUUUUUUGCACAAAAGUAACCUUACUUCUCACAAAUACACUCAUACUGGAGAGAAACCAUAUUCUUGUGAUAUCUGUGGUAAAUCGUUCUCUCAAAAAAGUACCCUUAUUUAUCACAAAUCCAUUCAUACAGGAGAGAAACCAUAUCAGUGUGAUAUUUGUGGUAAAUCAUUCUCUCAAAAAAAUACCCUUACUUAUCACAAAUCCAUUCAUACACAAGAGAAACCAUAUUCUUGUGAUAUCUGUGGUGAAUCAUUCUCUCAAAGAAAAACCCUUGCUUGUCACAAAUCCAUUCAUACUGGAGAUAAACCAUAUCACUGUGAUGUUUGUGGUAAAUCAUUCUCUCAAAAAUGUAACCUUACCUCUCACAAACGCACUCAUACUGGAGAGAAACCAUAUUCUUGUGAUAUCUGUGGUAAAUCAUUCUCUCAAAGAAAAACCCUUGCUUGUCACAAAACCAUUCAUACACAAGAGAAACCAUAUCACUGUGAUAUUUGUGGUAAAUCAUUCUCUCAUAAGAAUAGCCUUACUUCUCACAAAUCCAUUCAUACACAAGAGAAACCAUAUCACUGUCAUAUUUGUGGUAAAUCAUACACUCAAAAAAGUAACCUUACCUCUCACAAAUCCAUUCAUACAGGAGAUAAACCAUAUCACUGCAAUAUUUGUGAUAAAUCCUUUGUAGUCAAAAGUUAUUUAACUGUUCAUGGACGUACUCAUACUAAUGAGAGGCCAUAUCAGUGUGAUAUUUGUGGUAAAUCAUUCUCUCAGAGGAGUGGUCUUACUCAUCACAAAUACACUCAUACAGGAGAGAAACCAUAUCAGUGUGAUUUCUGUGAUAAAUCCUUCGUAGUAAGAAAUAAUUUAACUGCCCAUGAACUUACUCAUACUAAAGAGAGGUCACAUCAGUGUGAUAUUUGUGGCAAAUCAUUCUCUCAAAAAGGUAACCUUACCUCUCACAAAUACAUUCAUACAGGAGAGAAACCAUAUCACUGCAAUAUUUGUGGUAAAUCCUUUGUACUAAGAAAUAAUUUAACUGCUCAUGAACUUACUCAUACCAAUGAGAGGCCACAUCAGUGUGAUAUUUGUGGUAAAUCAUUCUCUCAUAAGAGUAGCCUUACUUAUCACAAAUCCACUCAUACAGGAGAGAAACCAUAUCACUGCAAUAUCUGUAGUAAAUCCUUUGUAAUCAAAAGUAAUUUAACUGCUCAUGAAUUUACUCAUACUAAUGAGAGGCCAUAUCACUGUGAUGUUUGUGGUAAAUCAUUCUCUCAAAAAUGUAACCUUACCUCUCACAAAUACAUUCAUACAGGAGAGAAACCGUAUCAGUGUGAAAUUUGUGGUAAAUCAUUCCUUUAUUCGAAGUCUUUAACCGACCAUAAAGGCACUCACACAGGAGAGAAACCAUAUUUCUGUGAUAUCUGUGGUAAAUCAUUUUCUUCUCAAAGUAAUUUAACUUCUCAUAAAUACAUUCACACAGGAGAGAAACUAUAUUCCUGUGAUAUCUGUGGUAAAUCAUUCUGUGUAAGAAAAUAUUUAACUAAUCACAAACUCAUUCAUACACAAGAGAAACCAUAUUGCUGCGAUAUCUGUGGUAAAUCGUUUUCUCAAAAGUAUUACUUAAAUAGACACAAAUACAUUCAUACAGGAGAGAAACCAUAUUCUUGCGAUGUCUGUGGUAAAUCAUUCAGUGUAAAAAAAUAUUUAACUGAUCACAAACGCAUCCAUACACGAAAGAAACCAUAGCCGUGUGAUAUCUGCAGUAAACCAUUCUGUCUAAGAAAAGAUUUAACUAAUCGCAAAUCCACUCAUACUGGAGAGAAAUUUAUAUCACUGUGAUGUCUGUGGCAAAUCAUUACGAGGAACAUGGCAUAUAUACUCAUAAACGUUUUCUUACAAGAGACAAGACCUAUCACUGUGGUAUCUGUGGUAAAUCAUUCUCUGUGGAACAGUAUUUAACUAAUCACAAAUACAUUCAUACAGGAAAAAAAAACCCAGACAAUAUCACUGUGAUAAGUCAUUCUCUUGUAAUCACUGAACUAGACAAAAACAUAUUCAUACAGGAUAAAAUUCUAUGACUGUGUUAUCUAUGCUAAAUCAUUCUCUCAAUACUGUACCUUAAUUAAACAUAUUUAUUCAUGUUGAUCAAUAACAAUAUAAUAAAAUAGAUGUCCUGGUGAAUAAAAUACAGCAAUUAUAUUAUUUUUUAUGAAGGA